CGCACGUUUUCCAUUCCCGCCAUAGAUAUCAAUACUACCGGUAUAGGUCCUCAACAUGCGGACCGCAUAUUCCGUCAUGACAGAACCAAACAUGUACGCCGUCCUGGGCUCAACAGGCAACUGCGGCACCGCCCUUAUCGAGACGCUCCUGAACAAGCCCGAUGCCCGAGUUCAUGCGUAUUGCCGGGAUAGCGCCAAACUGCUCCGGCUGAUGCCGGGCAUCAAAGACGGCGGGCGGGUGCGCAUUUUCGAGGGCAGCAUCCACGAUGUCGACCUGUUGACCUCGUGCAUACUCGGUUGCCAUGCCGUUUUCCUCGUCGUCUCGACCAACGACAACAUCCCAGGCUGCCGAAUGGCACAAGACACAGCGACCGCUGUAAUCCAGGUCGCCCGAGAUCUGAGGUCGACCACUGGCGGGAGAGCGCGUCUGCCGAAGCUUGUUCUCCUGUCAUCCGCCACCAUAGACGACCAUUUUUCGCGCCACGUCCCGUACCUGCUGCGCCUUAUUCUCCUCCGCUCCGCUUCCCAUGUUUACCAAGACAUCAUCUCCGCCGAGCGGUUACUCCGGGCCCAAGAAGACUGGUUGACCACCAUAUACGUCAAGCCGGGGGCGCUGUCGGUUGACAUACAGCGGGGGCACGCCUUGAGCUUGACCGACGAGGACAGCCCGCUGUCCUAUCUGGAUCUUGCGGCGGCCAUGAUUGAAGCCGUGGACGACGAACAGGGCCUGUACGAUGGCAGGAAUGUAAGCGUGGUGAAUACGAAUGGCAGGGCAAAGUUCCCGACGGGCACGCCGAUGUGCAUUCUGAUGGGUCUUUUGAGGCACUUCUUUCCAUUCUUGCAUUCCUAUCUCCCGUCCAACACGGGCCCGCGAUGACGGUUUCGACUGAUAUAGCUGAGAUGGACUCCAUAGGCUAAUAGUGUGGUCGGUUAUGCCAGGCUGUUGUCUGGCUAUGCCGCUCAUAAAUAACAUGUUUCAUCCUGC